AUGCCGCUGGCACAACAUAAUGUCUCUGAAACCAUUAUGACACACACGCCUGUGACAAACUGUCAGCCAAUCAAUAACGUCUGCUUUAUUAAAACCCGAAAAACCGGAAGUACGACAUUAUCAUCGAUAAUCAACCGUUGGGGAGUGAACAACAAUCUAUCGUUUGCUGUGAUGAAAACAAACAAAUUAAGCGGCCAUUUUAAUUCUCUUGUUUUCACAGACGACAGUCCCAAGUUGCACUUCUUGCCGCCUUUAAACGUCAAGCCUGGCGACUGGGACGCGUACAAGUAUAAUAUAAUGGCUGUGCACGUGCGUUACAAUAGGACGGCGUUUGAUAAAUUUAUGCUUCCUGGAAAUAAAUACAUCUCAAUUAUCCGAGAACCAGCAUCGCAAUAUGAAUCAGCGUUUAACUACUAUAAAAUCGCCUCGGUGGUUCAGACAUUUAACAAGAGCGUGCGAUACGAAGACACCAUGGAAGAGUUCAUGCGAUUACCAGAGUUUUAUUGGUCAAAGACAGUUGCUAAAUAUGGCCAACUGAUUUCUUUCUACACACGGAAUACUCAAAUAUAUGAUUUAGGACUUGAUCACAACACACACCAUAAUAUAUCCACGGUACUUAGUCAUAUAAAUAAGCUUAAAAAAGAACUAGAUUUGGUAUUACUUGUUGACUAUUUCGACGAAUCGAUUGUGCUUUUGAAAAAGCUUCUUUGCUGGACAUGGGACGACGUCGUUUAUUUGGCACGCAACGCAAGACCAGACGGCACUAGGAAAGAACUGUCCAUGGAAUUGAGACAGAAAGUGAUACAAUGGAACUCAGCUGAUCACCUGCUUUAUCAGGAAUUCAAUCGUACCCUCUGGGCAAAAGUCGCGGAAUAUGGACCGCAAUUUAAAGACGAUUUGGAGGAGCUCCGGUUUCGCAGAAAUAAGACCGAAACAGAGUGCGUGGGUAAAAAUAAGACGAUUGUAUUAGACGGGCGGAAGCAGGUGGUCUACAACAACGUCAUCAACCCACCUAACUAUUGUUACUUACUCACCAAGUUCAACAACGACAUUAUUCACCAAAUAAUGGAAAAACAGUCAAGUGGAUUUUAUCUCAAUAACACAAGUGGUAUUUAUACUUAUUUAUAUAUUAAACGUAUAUUGUGUACGGCAGUCAUUUGGGCAAUAGCAUACGUCUUACCCCCGCCCCAUGGAUUUUGGAUCAUCCACAAAAUCAUCCUGAGACCGUAA